AUGUCGACCUGUAGUAGUUGCCAAAGGCAAGCAUCGUCACCGCAGCAAAGCUUGCUGCUGGCUGCUUCAAAGCUGCCACACAUAGAGCCUUGCCUGUACCCACCCCCAACGCCCGAAUUCUUUGGUCGAACUUUUGUUGCUCAGAACCGACCAGGUCACUUCCCCAACCUAGUCUCACCAGCGUCAUCCUACGCUUGGCCAGCUUCUGUAAAGUGGUCCGAACGGGAUGGAGGUUCGCUGGAAGAGACGCUGAGGGGUAUGCUGCGCUCUGACGCAGCUCGAGAAGCGAUCGUCAAAGUCGAAUUGGCAAAGUUUGGGCGUGGGUACAACGAUGAAGGAAAGGGUUGGGACCUGAUCAGGAUGCCCUUCGGCACAUUCAUCGAGUCCUUCAUAUGCCAAAGUCUGCCUUGGUCUCCCACUUCGGAGCGGCUUGUAGGUUACGUAGCUCAACAACCUCUGGCAGAUCUUGGUCAAGAGCUAGAAGCCGAUUGUCCUUCCUUGCCUCAUGUCAAGCAAGGUGCCAAAGGUGGCGGGGAAGAUUGGGGCAGAAAUCUUUGGGUCGGAGGUGCUGAAGCGCAUUCCAUCAAAGGCACCUUUACGCCCAUACACCGCGAUCCAUACCACAAUCUCUUUGUGCAAGUCGUUGGACACAAGCGCAUACACUUCUUCCCACCGGAAGCUGCGGACUUGCUCCACCUGAACCGCACAGGUACGCAGACCAACACGAGUAGAGUGGCGAGCGAAGCGGCCCUUCUGGAUGGGAUUCCUAAAGAUUGCACCGAGACCGAUUCGCUCUCAUUAGCUCAAGCCACCCACAAGCACGCCUUGAAGGCUGCUCACGUCGUCCUUGAGCCAGGCGAUGCUCUGUACAUACCCCAGGGGUGGUUUCACUGCGUGGCCUCGCUCAGCACGAGUGCUAGUGUGAAUUCAUGGUUCAGAUGA